AUGGAUCAGAGAUUUCCAGUAGACUCAGAUCCUCGAUUUAUACGUCCAAAGAAGAGGGGAAGAGUUGUUCUAGACUCUCGUUUUUCCUCGAUUCUUGAUCCAGACUUUUCAGAGCAGCCUGUUUUUGACCUAUAUGGACGGCGUUUAAAGAAUAGGAAGAAAGAUAUAAAGGAUAUUGAAUCGUUGUAUAUUUUACCAAGCAAAACUUGCAGUGAUUCAAAUGGUUUUUUAGUUAAAAAUAAGGAUUUUAAAAAAAAAGAUUUAAAUGAAGUGGAAAGUCUGAAAACAAGCUCAGAAGAGUCUAUAAUUUCAUUAAGAGAUGAUUCCUUUUCAUCAGAGGAGGAUUUAUCGUCAGAUUUUUCGACAGAAGAUCUAAAACUUGUUGAUCCAGAGCCGGAAAUUGAAAUUCCAAGAGGAGAAAUGACAUAUCGUCUAGCAGUUGUAAAUCUUGACUGGGAUCAUAUUCGAUCGGUUGAUAUUUUUGCGGCACUUGGUAGUUUUGUGCCCAAGGGGGGACGUAUUUUAAGUGUUAAGAUUUAUCCCAGUGAAUUUGGAAAAAAAAGAAUGGAAAAAGAAGACGUAGAAGGACCUCCUAGAGAUAUUUUUUCUAUAAAACCCUCAAAGACACUUUCACUAGAAAAUAAAGCACAAGAGUUAAAAGAGUUUCAUAAAGAAACUGAAAACGAUACAGAUGAUACAGAUAAUACAGAUGAUAUAAAUAGUAUAAGUGAUGAAAAGAUUCAAAAGGAAUUAGUAAAAGAAGAUAAAGGUAAUGAUUUCAAUAUGACGCAACUUCGCAAGUAUCAACUUGAAAGGCUUCGAUAUUACUAUGCAAUUGUUGUUUGUGAUUCAGUUAAUACUGCGAAAUAUAUAUAUAAACAAUGCGAUGGCAGGGAAUAUGAGGCAUCAGCUAAUUUUUUUGAUUUAAGAUUUGUUCCAGAUGAAGAAUCUUUUGAUUCAAUGCAAAUAAGAGAUGAAUGUUUAUCACUUCCAGAAGCCUAUGUUCCUGAGGAAUUUGUUACAGAUGCUUUAAAACAUUCAAAUGUAAAAUUAAUGUGGGAUAAUGAUGAUCCAGUUUAUCUUCAAAUGGUAAAACGUGCAUUCUCUGGAAAAGAGAUUAAUGAAAACGAUUUCAAAGUAUAUUUAGCUUCAACAGAUAGUGAAGCAAGCGAUAUUGAAGUAGCAAAGAAAUAUCGCUCGCUCCUCUUAAAUAAUGAAGAUCUUUUAAAUGACCAGGAAAACGUUGUUGGUGAUAUGCAAGUUACAUUUAUGCCUGGAUUAGAUGAAAAAAAAUCAGACGAAAUUGUUGUUGAAACCACUUUAGAAAAAUACAAAAGAAAAGAAAAAGAAAGAAAGAAAAAGAAAAAAGAUAAAAAACAUUAUUCACAAGAAAAUGGUCUACAUGAUUCUAAAGAUCAAGAAAAAACAGAUCUUGGCUUUAAUGAUCCUUUUUUCUCACAAGAACCUGUUUUAUCUAAAAAAACAAAGCAAAAAACAUUAGAUAAAAAUAAUCUUCAAAAAGCUCAAUUGGAGCUUCUAAUGAUGGAUGACAAUAUUUCAAAAACAAACACUAUCGAUCAUCAUCUUCAUAUAAAAGAUAUUCGUAAAUUCAAAAAGAAACCAAAAUCACUACAUCCACAAGAAAUUCAAGACAACUUUGAUAUUGAUCUAAAUGAUCCUCGAUUUUCUGCAAUGUAUUCAAGUCAUCACUUUGAUAUCGAUCCAACUAAUCCUCGCUUUAAAAAAACACACUCAAUGAUUAAAAUUAUAAAAGAACGUCAACGUCGUCAUGAAAAACUAUCUCUACAAUAA